GAUGAGCUGUUUGCUGGAACACUCUUCUAUCAAAAAAAGAAUAGUUCGCAGUUUCAACUUAGAGCUGCUACUGCCUUGUCCUUUGAUAUGUUUCAACUAUCACUUUUCAAUAUGACAGUAUUAACUAUGUAUAUUAAAGUUUCAGUUACAAUCAAUAAGAUAGCUGGUCAUGAAGUGAUCAUUAUAGAGCCAAUUGAUAAAACACUAUCACCAGAACUUGUCAAUAGAUGCAGCUCACACAAGGAAUGUCUAGCAUAUUGGAAUAUCGCUUCUAGAUAUACUUGCCAAAGU